AUGAUUUUUAAAACAUUGGAUGUUGGUAUUGAAUUCUACAAUCAUUAUGCUACCAAGGUUGGGUUUGACACGAGGUCUAGUUCUGUCGUUACAGCACGUGACGAGACAAAAACUCAAAAGCAAAUCGUUUGCAAUAGAGAAGGAUUUAAGAAUACAGGAGCUCAACAUUGUCACUCGCAGUCAAGUUCAGAUGCAGGCAAAGGUCCUUCCCGUCCAAAGCGGCGAAGGGUCUCAAACAGGACUGGUUGCAGAGCUAGGAUUAUAUUUAAGUACAUUGGAGCAGCUGGGUACCAAGUUGCAACUUUUAUUGAAAAACAUAAUCACAACAUGUCUUCAGUUCUGGCAAGGCAGUUUCUAAAAGGAAAUAGAAACAUCUCCAGUGUUCACCAGAAAUUUAUACUCGAUUGCGCUAAAGCAAACAUUGGAGCAUCAAAAUCGCAUGGUUUAUACAGUCAUAUUGUGGGGGAUUAUUCUGAAGUUGGGGCGACUGUAGUUGAUUUCAAGAAUAUGAGCAGACUGUUUUGGGCAGAUCCAAUGUCAAAAAAGAAUUUUGCUGCAUUUGGAGAUGUUGUCUCUUUUGAUGCCACAUACUCAACAAACAGGUACAAUCUGGUUUUUACACCCUUCACUGGAGUUGAUAACCAUAGAAAGUGUAUAACAUUCGGUGCUGGACUACUGUUGAAAGAAGACAUUGAAUUUUAUGUUUGGCUCUUUGAAAAAUUUAAAAAGGCAAUGGGUAUGGAACCAAGAAUAAUUGUCACCGAUCAAGAUCCAACUAUGAAAGUGGCAAUUCCAACAGUUUUCAAGCAAGCCAGGCAUCGUUAUUGCAUGUGGCACAUCAUGUGUAAAUUUGGAGAAAAGGUGGGUCCUACGCUGAACAAGGAUGAGGAAUUCAGGAAGAAACUGAACCCAAUCGUUUGGACGUCAUCUUUGGAACCUCCUGAUUUUGAGAAGCAGUGGAAAGAGCUCAUGGAAAAGUACAACUUAGUCGAACACAAUUGGUUUACAACUAUGUUUGAGGCUAAAAACCAUCGGAUCCCAGCGUAUUUUAGAGAUGUCUUUAUGGGGGGUCUACUCAGGACAACUUCUCGUUCCGAAAGUGAGAACUACACGUACAACCGUUUUACUGGUCCCCAAUCAAGCCUAGUUGAAUUCAUGAUGAACUUUGACAGUGCUCUUAAGUCACAACGUAACACAAAUGCAAAGCUCAACAGUGACAAUGAAGGAUACAAUCCAGAUAUGAAGACGCCUCUGGGAAUUGAAAAACACGCUUCAAUUGUCUACACCAUUACUGUUUUCUAUCAAGUUCAGGAAGAAAUAUGUGCCUCCUGUUUCAAAUGUAUGGUGUUGAGCGUUAGAGAAGACGGUGGAAUGUUGCACUAUGAUAUUAUGGAAGGAAAGAACAAGAGAUUUACUGUGGUGCACAAUGUAAAUGACCAUGAGGCCAAAUGCAGUUGCAAGAUGUUUGAGAUGGUUGGACUGUUGUGUAGACACAUAUUUGUGGUCUUUAGGGACCUUGAAAGUAUACCUCUGAAGUACGUGGUUAAUCGGUGGACUAAAGACGCAUCUUUAAAAGCUACGUUUGAAAUAGAUGGUGUCAUUUAUGAUCAGAAUGGACCAAAGGAUGAAAAGAAGAUGUUAUUGAAAAAAGUUUGGUCUGAUAUACACUGUUGUAUGGAUCUGGAAGGUUCAAACAUAGAGCAAUUGGCUGCAUUUUCCCAAGUGAUUAAUGAACAGAAACAGCUGCUACUGUCAGGAAAGGAGAAAUUGUCCCCUCAGCACAGCAGGAGGACUGUUAUAGAAUCAUAUUGUGGAUCAACAGAAAUUUCAGAGAUCAACAUACUUCCACCGAAACAUGCAAAGAACAAGGGCAGCGGCAAACGUAUCAAAAGCAGCAAGGAGUUGGCAAUGGAAAAAGAAGAGGGCAGGAGGUGCAAUUUUUGUGGUGUUAGAGGAGAUCACCAUGACACCAGGACUUUCCCACUUAACCCCAAAAAUAAGGACAAGCAAAAGGCAUCCAACACGCUGCCAGCCUGCCACAAUGAUAAACUCUCAGCCAAGGAUGAUGUUUGGAAACUAGAUGAUGACAUUGAAGAAGAGAAUGACGAAUGA